AGUACUCACCGUAUGAUUGGGUGCACCCAACCUAGAAGGGUGGCUGCGAUGUCUGUGGCCAAAAGAGUGAGCGAGGAGAUGAAGUGUAAACUUGGGGAGGAAGUGGGCUACUCCAUCAGAUUCGAGGAUGAAGUUAAUAGUCACAAGUGCCACCAUGAACGCGGAACGUUUCAUCAACUACUUUGGCCAAGCUCCCAGGUUUACUAUUCCGGGAAGAACCUAUCCAGUGGACGUGUUGUUUGGUAAGGGUGGUGGAGAUUAUGUGGAACAAGCAGUGAAACAAGUGUUGACAGUACACUUGGGAACUGGAAAGGUAGUUCUAGCAGAGGACGGGGAACAAACAUGGUCAUCUUCGGGUGAUAUUCUCGUAUUUAUGACUGGUCAAGAGGAUAUCGAGACUACUUGCGCCCUUAUUCAGGAGAAGUUGGACACUUUGGAAAACCCACCACCUCUCGAUAUUCUCCCCAUCUAUUCCACGCUUCCUGCCGAUCUUCAGGCAAAAAUCUUUGCACCACCAGAUAGGUUCAGAAGAAAGGUUGUGGUGGCUACAAACAUUGCUGAAACAUCUUUGACAGUGGAUGGAAUAAGGUACGUUAUAGACACAGGCCUUGUCAAGAUGAAGGUUUAUAAUCCUAAGCUCGGAAUGGAUACCCUUCAAAUGAUCCCCAUUUCGUUGGCGAACGCCCAGCAGAGAAGUGGUAGAGCUGGAAGAACCGGUCCAGGGACAGCCUAUCGACUUUACACCGAAAAGGCAUCGGAAGACAUGUACCUUCAACCUAUUCCAGAAAUCCAGAGAACGAAUCUUACCAACGUAAUGUUGUUGCUAAAGUCGUUGAAAAUCAACGAUAUCACUAAGUUCCCCUUCCUUGAUGCUCCCCCUAUGGACCUCCUAGCUUCCUCCCUUUACGACUUAUGGUCAAUGGGGGCAGUCGACAAUUAUGGUGAUCUUACAGCUUUGGGCCACUCCAUGACUAACUUUCCAAUGGAGCCUUCAUUGGCCAAACUUAUCCUCUUAUCAUGCGAUUCAGCGUUUCAUUGUUCUGAUGAAAUAAUUACAAUUGUGUCGAUGCUCUCGGUGCCUGGUAUAUUCAUUAGGCCCAAGGAGAGAGCCAGAGAAGCCGACGCUGCCCGUGAAAAGUUUUAUAUAAGUGAGUCGGAUCAUCUAACCUUGGUCAAUGUCUACAACCAAUGGGAAGUCAAUCUUGGGAAGGUCAAAGGUAACUACUCCAAAAUCAAUGGCUGGUGCAACAAGAAUUUUCUCCAAUUGAAGUCACUCCUCCGAGCGAAAGAUAUUAGAAAGCAGAUCUUAUUGAUCACGAAAGCAAACAAAUUACCGUUAUUCCGGUCCAAAAAUGACGAGGAUGUCAAGAAAUGCUUGGCUGCAUCAUUCUAUCACCAGCUGGCCAAGCUCUCCAAGGUCAACCUUGGAGGAAGUCCUGAAUUUAUCAACAUGAGGCACUCGUACAUGAAGAUGUAUUUGCACCCAACCAGUGCAUUAAACGGGAGCAGUUUGAGCAAUGGAGGCUAUGUCGUUUAUCACGAGUUGGUGUUGACUUCCAAAGAAUACAUGAACUAUGUGACUUGUGUCAAUCCGAUCUGGUUGCUAGAAUUUGGGUACAAAUUCUUCGACGUUUCAGAUCACUUCAGAAGAGGGGGCAUUGAUUUUGAGUUUGACUACAGAAGCAAACACGAGACAGAGAAAGAAAUUGCCCGGGACUUGGAGAUAAUUAGAAAUAAGCAACUGGAAGUUAAGAAGAGAGGUAAAAAUAAGAUUGAAGCUAAAAACAUUAGUUUCAAGCGCAGAGCCAUCUAGCAGUGUUUCAAUAGAAAAUUGGAAGUAUAGUAUUGCAAUGGAACACGAACUGACGGAGACCAUGCCAAGAGUAUGCAACAGGGCCUAAAUCUAUGAGGUAGAAGGGUUCGGAGAGUAGGCAAAGCAUUGGGAAAUUAGUUUACUGUAUAUUAAAAUAAGUCAUGCGUCGAUAUUGAGGAGUUCUUAUCGGUGGAAGGUUAGGGUUUAAGAUAGUAGUUAUCAAACUUAAACCUCAAGUGUGCAGGAGUAUAUAUUAAUUCCUGGUGCCAUCGUGGGAUCUCCAAAUCUGCGGCACCUCCAAUUAUCUUCUUGUGUAAAGUUUAAUUUGUU